CACGCCCUUGAGGAAAAAGUAAAAAGCUAAAAGAGCAGCAACUUGGCAAGUGAACAACAUAUCAAUCAACAGGAGAAUAAUACAAGAUGUCUGGUCGUUAUGAUUACGAUAGAGACCGAAGAGCAGGUGGUGGUUAUGGACGAAGAGACUAUGAAGAUCACCUGGACCAAAGACUAGCAGAAGCAAACCAAAAAAUGGAGGACUCCUCUUUUCGCUGCGUUAGGACGCUCCACGAGACGAUGCAAAUAGCAAACGACACGUCAGAAGAAUUGGAGAGACAGUCCGAGUCUCUGGACAGGACAGAGGACAACUUGGACCGAAUGGCGAUUGACCUUGAGUCCAGCAAGAGGAACAUGAGGGAAGUCAAGUCUGUUUUUGGGUCUCUAGUGAACAGGUUCUCAAAACCGAAAAUAGAUAAAGACCCAGCUCCAUCCAAGUCCAGCCGAUCUACCAUGCCUCCCUCUCCUCCAAAACAAAAGAAACAAGCGCAACAAGCCCAGGCUGUAAAAUCAAGUACUGGAAAUGCAACUGUUGAUAGGAACCUUGACGAGCUGGAGGCGGGGCUUAAGAUGCUUGAAGGCCAAGCGUAUCUGAUGGGUAGUCAGAUUGACGAGUCAAACGAUCAGAUUGAUCGUAUCAGAGUUAAGCUUGAUCGUAAUGAUCAGAAACUAAAGAAGGUGACAAGAGACGCCAAGAGACAAUUGUGAAUCUGUUUUGUUAAGGAAAGUUAGACUUCAUUCUUCAGUUUACGAAAGCUAAACUACUUGUAAAUGUAGCUACAUGAUCGUUAUUAUUAUUAUUAUAAAUAUAUAUUUAUACUUACAGGAGUCUCUUGUUAUUUAUUACUUAUCACUCUUUUGUGCAAUCGUGAAACCAUUUUUGUUAUAUUUAGCAGUCAUGUUUGAUAAUGUUCUCAUUUAUAAACAAAAUUAAUCAUA